AUGGCGACCGCAGUGCCCAAGAACGCCAUAUCGAAGGCGGCGAAGGCAACGCAGCUCAAUAAAUACACCGUCCAACCCCAGGGCAUAUGGGGACGGAUACACAAGUUCUUCGCCCUCGACCCCGGCCGAUCGAGCGGUGUCCCUCUUAAUCCGCACUUUCGCAACCCACCCCCGGGCGGAAACGAUCCUACGGAAUACAUUGACCCUGUGACGGUGCCCGCCGCUGACCUCGCCGAGAACCCAUACUGGAAGCGCGAUGUGCGCAGGUCAUACCCUAGGCUGUCCACUGUGACACAGUCGGACGUGGUGGGACUGUUGAGCGUAGGCUCGGCUGCGGCGCCAAAGGACACGCUGAAGAUUGGAGAUGCGGGCAAGACACAAUUGGUGGAGGUCAAGGAGGAAGGCGAGAAAGGAUUGAGCACAUAUUUCGAGAAGAACAAGCAGGUGUUUCAAAAUGUGCUAGGGCCUGAUGGACUGCCACCGCUCCCUACAAGCAGGCAUUUGGGAACGCACAAUACAAGCGGCGCCUACUCUCUCCGCAAGGAGGAAGAGCAGACAUACGGCCCAGACUACCCAUGCAGAACCUUCGCGACCGUCUCCGACCUGUAUCCUGCCAAUGGCGACAAUCCGCAUUCGCACUCAGACACUGACGAUGGCAUGGGCACGAAGCUCUGGAUCGCAAACUGCGUGCAUGUCUUCUGCGGGCGCCAUCUGGAGGGCGGCGGCGUCCCGUUCCAUGCGAGUGAUCAACCUCCACAGGCCAUCUGCCCAGUCUGCGUUCGAGCGAGCAACAAUCAUGAAGUUCGCAAUCUUUACGGUAUUCGCGGCUUGACCGAAGACAAACUCGAUCCUGCGAUACCGAGUGACUAUGUCAAAUGCCCUCCAGUCUCACUGGACGGGGACGACCCCGGCGUGGAGGCUCUUCGCUUCCAGUAUAGUCGGAUGAAAACGUAUUCCCAGGAGGUCACAAAACGCUGGAAGUCUGCCGAUCGCAAGCGUCGCACCUUGGAGAGCACUUUGCACAAAGAGCGAAAGCACCAUCGCAAGUUGCAAGCCGACUACGAAGCCCUGCAGAAGCGCGGCCAAGAAGCGGAAAGAAAAUUGCAAGGCUGGGAGGCCCGCAAAGAUCAAAUCCGACACUACAUGGGUGCUGUUGGAGAAAUGGCUCGCGAUAUUCAGACGAUGCGCCAGGAGCUGGCAAGGCUCGGUUACCAUAUUGAGAGGAAGACCUAUGGCCUCGAAGACAUUGCUGCUCCGCCAAAUGCACGAGCUGCUGCGGCACGGCCGGUUGAUUCCUCCACCACACUAGUCGAUGAGCAACAUCGCACUUCAUCGUCAAAGCGCAAGCGUGCAGACUACGAAGCUUAUCCAGAUGACGAGCAGAUAGAGCAGGAGCUCGCACAGGAUGACCACCAAACGAUGCCGCCUCCACCAUUGCCGCCUCCACAGCUGCUACCUCCCAGAGCAUCUCAACAAUCGGAGCCUGAAGCAACGAAGAAGCAUAGCCUGGCCAUGAUUCGACCUCGGGUGCGAGACCUACCUGAAAGAGCACGUCAACGAAAACAGCUGCCUCCGCAGCACGAGUACGACGAAAUCAGUGCUAGCCACUACGAUGACCAUGCGACGGGACCAGAGCAACUGCACUCGUUGCCUGAUUUACAUGCCAUGAAUCUGAAUGACAGAGUGCAGCCGAGAGCGUCCUACAAUGCAUUCUAUGAGCGGCCCAGGGAACACGCUGUGGAGCCCGCCCAGAUGCCAUAUUCACAGGCCCAAACAAGGAGCCAAGCUGCAGCUAGCUCUUACUCACCGCGCGGCCCUGCACAGUACUACGCAGCGCCAUCAGAGCGUAUCACGUAUAGAAGUUCGGCAGCCGCCGAGCAGAGGCUCAGCACAGCACACGAGGGCUCGCCAUACGCCGCGCCCAGCGAGUAUUCUGAGCCCAUUGCUCGAGCUCCUUCCCAAGCUCCUUCCCAAGCUCAAGCACCACUAAAUCUGGCCGCACGUAGCCAACGAUCAAACUUUCGCAAGCUUCCUAUGCAGCCUCCCAUUCAGCAGAAUAUGGCUCAGCGGCGGCACAUUGCAGCGCAGCCAGGCGCCUCGGUGCUCAGCCCCUUCUUCAAAAGCGGCAACUCACACGAGCCAAAAUCUGCUUCGAAGCCGCCUUCCGUUUCUCGAAGAGCGCCUCGGCCUGCUCACCAUGAUCAAGCAACGAAUUGUGAAACAUCUGCAUCUCACGGUCUCAUGCUGCCACCACGAGGGAACGACAGAAGACGCGAGACCAGGACCAAAGGCACUCUGAGUGAGGCUCAUUACGAUGCGAUCCCUGCUGAUGAAAUGAUCUAUCGAAAUGGAGUUGCGUCCUAUCGAGAUACCCCUGGAGCUUCACGUCGUGGCAUGGAAUACAGGCCAAGCUCUUUGUGGCCAGACCGAGCUGCUCCUCCGCUUGUGCCAGCACCGUACUCCUCCCGCGUGAGAGCACACCCUUCGCAGACACCUCGUGGUGGCAGAGUCACAUUGCCACCUUCGUCGAUGAGCCAGCGAGGCUGGGAUCCGCAAGUGUCACAGAUUCGUGGUGUCCGGGGAGCAGGCCCGCCUUCUUCACAUUAUCACGCAAGGUCGAGCGGAGUCCCGCCUUAUUCGUCGCGUGGCCCGCUGUACUCUGAUAGAGCCUUCUCUCAGCGCUGAAUUUCUCCAUUGGUGGCGGUGCGCUAUUCCAGACUUGCACAUUGGCUCUGGCGCUAAGUAAUGAUCAUUUAUCUAUACACUCUCCAGCUUCAAGCUGAACCUGUGGCUCAAUUCUUUCAUGCCUCAGGCCAUGAAUUCGGCGCGAAAUGCUCCGAAUGAAGGACCCA